CUUUCUUCUUCGUUUUCUUCCUCAAGACAUCAUUCCAAGAUAGAGGUUGAUGGCAAAUACUUCGAGCAGCAGAAAGCACGUCAUCGUCAUUGGCGCUGGUGUCGGCGGGGCUGCUCUGGCAGCAAGGCUGGCUCAUCGCGGCUACAAGGUCACGGUGGUGGAGAAGCACUCGCAACUGGGAGGGCGCUGCUCGCUGCUGCAGUCGGAUAGGCAUAGAUGGGAUGUGGGACCAUCGCUGUACCUCAUGCCCGAGCUCUUUGAGUCCUUCUUCUCCUCGCUUGGCCUCAACAUCGACGAUUACGUCAGCCUCGAACGGUGCGAGCCCUCGUACAAGGUCCACUUCGCCCCGCCAAAAAGUGCCAGAGGCCCCGUUGAGCCGCUUGAGCUGUCGACCUCGCUUCCCAAGCUUGGACCGGCGCUCGCGCGUUACGAAGGGCCGGCGGGCAACGACGAUGCCCUGGGCUCCUUUCUCGCCUUCCUCAAAGAGGCCGGCGACCACUACGAGGAGAGCGUGCGAUAUGUCUUGCUAAAGGACUGGAACCACCUCCUGCCAGCACUGAUGCGGUGGGACAUGUACCCAAUGCUGCUCAGGACAAGAGUACUGCGCAUCUGGUCCACAGCUUGGCGUCGAGCCUGCCACUACUUUCGUUCGGACGAGGUGCGACGAGCAAUGACGUUCUCGUCGAUGUACAUGGGCAUGUCUCCCUUUGAAGCGCCUGCCACCUAUACCCUGCUUCAAUACGCCGAGUACGCCAAAGGCGUCUUUUACCCCAUCGGCGGCUUUCAGACGGUCGUUGCCGCAUUUGCAAAGGUCGCGGUGCAGUUUGGCGCUCGCUUCAUCUAUGACGCCACCGUCACACGCAUCACAUUGGCAGGCGAUGAAGGCCCAGAGGAAGACGAGGUCGAGAAGAUGCUCGUCUCCGACACCAAGCGGCCCAAAACCUCCCGCGUCAAGGGCGUGGAGCUGGCCGACGGAACAAAGAUCGAGGCAGACGCCGUCGUCAGCAACGCAGACCUCAUUUGGACUUACAACAACCUGCUCCCACCGUCAUCUUAUGCGAAACGCCUCCGAGGCAAGAAGCAGACAUGCAGUUCCAUCUCCUUCUACUGGGGUCUGAGCGAGGUCGUCGAAGAGCUUGGGAUGCACAAUAUCUUCCUCGCCCAGGACUACCGCGAAUCCUUCGAUGAGAUCUUCAAGGAUGGCAAGGUGCCCACCGAACCAUCUUUCUAUGUCAAUGUGCCCUCGCGUGUAGACCCUUCUGCAGCUCCCCGAGGCGGAGACACGAUGGUGAUCCUCGUCCCUUGUGGUCCAAUCGCCAGCAGCAAUGCACCAGAGGGCUACAAGGACAAGGCCUCGUUCGAAGCCAUAAAGACCAAAGUGCGCGCACAGGUACUCGCUGUCCUCCAGUCGCGCAUCGGCAGGGACAUUUCGGCACUGAUUCGAGAGGAGCACGUCAUGGACCCGUGGGACUGGCGCGAGAAAUACGGCUUGUGGAACGGCAGCAUCUUGGGUCUCAGCCACUGCGUCUCACAGGUCCUGUGGUUCCGGCCGAGCAACCAGCACGAGACGCUGCGCAACAUGUUCUUCGUGGGUGCCAGCGCAAUGCCGGGGACUGGCGUGCCUGUCGUGUGCGCCGGCAGCGGUAUCGUGGCAGACAAGGUGGACCAGUACUUUCAAAAUAACAGCGCUCCGCAGUCGUAUAUCGCGGCCGUCUUCUCGCUGCUAUCCCUCUUCAUCUCCAUGUCACUCAUGUACCUCGUUCUUCUCUAAUCAUAUUCCUGCUUGCCUAG